AUGUGUAUGUGCGACCGACAAGAGGGUCCGGCAUCAGAGCCGCUGCCCGAGCACACAGAACCAUUCCCUUGGCAUCUGGGAGCUUUUGACGCUCACAAUCACAUCGGAGAACGCAUUCUCACAGUAGAGAACUUACCAAAUAUGAAAGCCCGAUCAGUGGCAAUCAUGGCAACUCGAACCCAAGAUCAACCACUCGUUUCCACAAUUGUGGAAUCUCACGGAGUCAAAGGUCCGGAUUGCUUUUCACAGGAUAAAACGACCGUGGUCGUAGGUUACGGAAGACAUCCGUGGUUCUGCCAUGAGCUUUUUGACGACUCCUUAGAGAAUCCUACAUAUAUACCAUCCCAAGAUGUCCAGGCUGCAAAAGGGAGGCAUUAUAAGGCAGUUCUCUCACCUGCCCCCGAGGACCCUGCGUUCUGGCGCGAUUUACCAGUUCCUAUAGCACUCUCUACCUUCCUCGCCGAGACAAGGGCUCGCCUGCUCAACGACCCUUUCGCCAUGAUCGGCGAGAUCGGUCUGGACAAGCCAUUUCGACUACCGAUGCAAUGGACUGACCCGAGGCCUGAAAGAGAUCCUACUCGCACCCCGGGAGGUCGAGAAAGAAGAGCACUGAGCCAGCAUCGCAUUCAGAUUCCGCAUCAAAAGGCCGUGUUUAUGGCACAUCUCAAACUUGCUGGCGAACUUGGAAGAGCAGUCAGCGUGCAUGGUGUCCAGGUACAUGGGAUCUUAUAUGAUGCGUUGUCGGAGUGCUGGAAAGGCCACGAGCUGCGGGGUCGUCGAUCAAGGGAUAAGGAGAGAAAGGAGAAGAGCAAAGCCAUCGAAGUCGAAAAGGAGUCUCCCAAGCCCUAUCCCCCGCGAAUCUGCCUCCAUUCGUUCAGUGGAAAGUCAGAUGCCGUGAAACAAUAUCUGAAGCCAUCCAUUCCAGCCAAGAUAUUCUUUUCUUUCUGCAAAUCUAAUAAUUUGAGCACGGAAGGAGCAAGAGAGAAGGCCGAAGAUGCAGUUAAAGCUGUUCCUGAUAAUCGAAUACUGGUCGAGAGUGAUCUGCAUACGGCGGGCAAUCGAAUGGACAAUGAACUUGAGGAGAUGUAUCGUGCUAUAUGCCAGUUCAAGGAGUGGGGGUUGGAAGAGGGUGUUGCAAAGAUAGCAGACAACUACAGGGAAUUUGUCUUUGGAUAA